CCGGCCGUGGCCAUGGCGGGGUAUUUGACUCCGCGCUUCAGGAGAAUCCGCAGCCAGAGCGAGUUGCAGCCGCGGCGCGGGAGCGGGCGGCGCCGAGACUGCGAUGGUCCUUUUCACGCAACUCAGCUGUGGAAUAGUAUUAUACAUGCCCUUCACAAUCAAGUGGAAAUCAAAAGACGUAGACAACACCUGAAAACAUACAGAAACUGUUUCACCGGCUCCAAUGCUGUUGAUGUGGUACUGAGCCAUCUUAUGCAAAGCAUGUACCUAAGCUGCAAUGACAUUUCUCGGCUGAAGGGGGUCCGUGUAUGCCAAGCGUUGAUGGAUCACAAAGUGUUUGAGCCAGUUGGAGCCAAGCUUUACUUAUUCAAGAAUGGGAAGGAGACAGAGUUUGAAGACACAGACACUAGUCUCUAUAGGUUUGUAAACAGCAGUCUUGAUCCUCUUCUUCCAAGAAAGAAUAAGGACAAUGAAAACUUGUCUCCUGAGCAAAUCUGCAAACAGAAAACAAAACUAUGUUCCAAAAAGUGUGGCACAACACUUUCAAAUCCCUUAGCAUUGGAAGCAGCUGAUAAAAAGAGGAUUGAGGAGCUUCUUCAAUCAAUACAUGUUCAUGCAUCUUUACCUCCAAAGAUCAUGGUUAAUGAACCGACUCGCCUGCUUUCAAAAGGAGUAAUAGAAGAUGUCUGGAAACAGCAAGCUCUGCUACGACUGCUGCAGUUAAUUGAUGUUCCCCUUCUAGAAGAUAUCUUGGUGUCUUCAGUGAAGACAAAAUCAGACAGGUUUGGCAAAGAAGAAGACAUGAUUAUCUCAAAUACUUUCCUGGACAGAGAGGUUACAUGUAGCUUAAACUUGCCCGAGCUUGACAGAUGGCUCUAUGCUGCAAUUGAAUGCUUGGAGUAUUUUCCUGACCAAUUCCUAGUGAUGGUUAGUCAGCAGUUACCUGAAAGCACUAACAACCCCAGCAGUCUGAAUACAUACAAGAAGAUUCUUUUUGAUGUUAUUAUGAAGUAUUACAGUCAAAAGAAGGACUCUCUGCUUGCCACUCAGGAUUUUGAUGUUCAUUCAGGAAUUAUAGAACUUAUAGAAAAAGGAAAAACAGAUCAAGCUCUGGAGGCAUUACAACUUUAUUUAAAAUUAUUAGCACCAAAUAUCAGUGAAGAACUUCACAGGCUCCUUACAUUCCUAGCCAUUGCAUCAGAAUCUGAGGGCUACAGAUUGCAAAAACAAUUUGAGAACAGAUUUGUGAUCAUCAAGACUUGUACAAAGUUCAUCUUACAAAACAGGACACUGUCAAAGCCACAGGCAGAACUGCUGACUCAGUUUCUCAUGGACAAUCACUCCGAGCUCUUCAAGGCUCCUUUAACUCUUCUGGAACUAACGAGUAGGAGACUUCAGAGUUUGCUAGAAGGGCAAGAUCCAGAUAUCAAUUCAGGCUUCACCUUCUGUCAGCGCAUUACAGCUAAAGAAUAUGAAGAUCAAAAGCAACAAACUAAUCAGUAUCUUCUAGCACUGGUUCAAGAGAUAGACAAUGACCCUACUAUUCCUUUGAAGCAAAAGAAGAAAUUAAUCAAAGAAUUCCAAAAAUACCAUUCUUUUGUCUACUGUAGUGAUUGUAAAACUACAUGUGAAUUUUGUACUCCAAAUGGUUAGACUUCAAUACAGCCUUUUUAAAUAUUUUUUGAAAGAGUGAAGGAGGCACAUGAAAAUUGCUCAUAAAAAUGUUUUUAUCUUACAUCUUUACAUCUUCAGUUUCAGGAAGCUACAACUAUCAAAAUUACUAUGCUGUUAUAAAGCAUUAAAUCUAAUUUAUCUUUUAAGCAAAAUAUACUUAAUUAUUUGUAAGUAGUAGUAACAGCUCACUGCUUGGGCUGCCAUGAGUUCAGGGUUUGGCACUUUUUUCAAUCUGUCCCACAACCCCAUGGCUUUCUGUCUGAGCCACAUCUAUGUUCUGAGCCGUGCUUGGGUUGAUAGUCAGUAGGGGAUUUUAAUCUUUUCUAUCUUUAAUUAAUAAUAACUUCAUCUCAUCUUAAACUGUAGACUAUGACUCCUGUGGGUAUUGUAAAAGUGUAGAAAGUGUGUAAAAAAAGUUGGAAGCAGGUCAGUGGGUUUUGAAUCUGCAGCAGGAAGGAUUUAUUAGGCAGGCGAGCUGUGCGUGCUUACAGUCAGUAAUUACAACCUGUUGUUACUGCCUCCCCACUCUGGCAGACUGAGCCUCUGCUAAUUCAAGGGAAAAGUUACAUUUUGAAGAAAUCCUCUCCAGGUCUCUUUGUGGGCUCCCUUAAGGUACAGGAAGGCAACAAUUAGGUCACCCCCAAAGCCUUCUCUUUUUCAUGCUCUCUCAGCCUUUUUUUAAUAAUAAAUGAAUAUGUGAUAUAGUGUGAUAGGGGUUACAUUACUUCUUUCAUCCUUGCAACAGACAUUUUGUCAUGUAUUGAACAAAGGCUCAAAGACUUGGUAUUGGAAGGGGCCUCUGGUCUACUCUCACCAGCCAGGUUGAAGUGGAGUUGAUUAGUGCAGGCUACUCAAGGACUUUUCCAGUUGAGUUUAGAGUAUCUCCAAUAACAGAUAUGCCACAGCCUCUUGGGUGAGUCUGGUCCAGACUUUCACCAGUCUCACAGUAUUUAAAAACAAACAAUCAAACCCUACCUCCACACAAAAAAGAAAAAAGAAAAAACCCAACCAAAAUAAACUGCCUUAUGCUUAGGCAGAAUUUCUUGCACUGCCUCCUGUCUUUUCACUGGCACUGUUGAAAUGUCUGGCUCAGUCUUCUUCACUCCCUCCUGUAAGCAUUCUCAGGGCUAAACAAUCACAGCACUCUCAGCCCCUUCCCUGUGUGACAGAUCCUCUACUUUGUAAUUUCCUUGGCCCCAUUGCUGGACUAGUUCCACUAUAAGCAUGAUUUAAUGAUUUUUUUUCCUAUUGUGACUGUUCUGCUUUAGGUGUCUCCAUCCUCCUGUAGGCUUCAAAUAUAGUCAAGUGAGCAGGAUACCAAAGCCUUCUUAGAACAAGUGCUGUUUGUUUUUUUUUUUAAUUGAAAUCGUUGCACUGUAAGAUACAAACGACACAACCUAUUACCUGUGCACUUAGUUAACUUGCAUAUUUGAAGUGGCCUUAUUUAAAUUACCUGGCCCUAUUAGAAAUUAGGGAAUGUCGUUGAAAUCUCUGUUCAUGAAUCCCUGUUUAUGCACUUGCUAUUUAAGUGUGACUCACCAGUAUGAAAUAAUUAAUUUCUAGAGGAGGAAAAACAUCCAAGUUUCCCCUUUCAGAGGUGAAUGCCCUAAUUCCUAUACUACAGGGCCAUGUAUUCUUUUUCUAACCCUGUGUGGGGCUUUGAUCAUUCUCCCAGAAGAGGCAGCAUAUACAGAAGCAGGUUAUUGAGACUUGUACACAGGAAAGUAUUUCCUAAGUGCUUCUAGUGUUGAGUAGUAGAAGAAAGAGGUUUUAAUUGUUUUUUUGUCCUAAUAGCUCUCUCUCUCUGUCUUCAGUCUGUUUACUGUGUCUUACUUAAAAUACUAAACCUGGUAACAGGCAGAGGUGAUAAUGGUAAUUUGUAGGCUGGGAAUUGCUUUGGGAAAAACUGUGUUGUUAAAAAACAAACUUGCACUUUGUGACUCGAUUUAGAAUUUUCUUGUGCUAAUUUAAAUAUAAUAAAUA